ACUCUACCUAAGAGAACCCACUUGGGACGUAUCGAAUCCUCGCGAAUGCACUCACCGACGAACCUGUGCUAUUGAACAUGAGCUGGUGCGCUUGACAUACAGCCCGAUCGUCAUUCGCAGACCUGCGAACAUGCGCUGCUCAAACCAAAGAACGGUAGACGUCGUAUACCCACGCAUCUCUGUACGUCGUCUGCAGAUGAGUCCCUUCUCAGCACCCUUCUGCCCGGCCAAUAAUUCCCCGUCGGUCAGUAUUUUCCCGUCUGCCACACGCUGGCGCGUGUAUAUGCGAGACAUGAACCACACCCAUUACCCUCCUACCUCAGCGGGAAAGAAGACGACAACAAGGACCAGGAGACAUGGCCUACAUACAAAAAGGGCUCCUGGAUCCCCCUACUCACGUUUAAGCUUCACUCAAGCAUCAACCCCAACUCAAACACCCUUUGAUCCCUUUCACUUCACCAUUCAGUCCUUUUCUACCAGCUAGCUCUGUGAGCUACCUACCUUUUUCUCAUCCACACGACGACGACACUCAUUCAGCCCAUCCCAAGAGAAACAAAUCAACGCCCAAUCGUUCCCAAAGCCAACCCCACAGCUUUUCCCUCUCUCCCAAGAUGAAAUAUCUCGCAGCAUGCCUCACCAUCCUGGAGCUGGUGUCUGCUCACGGCUACUUCGAAGCUCCACUUGGCCGCAAGCCAGGAAAUGCCUUUAGUGCUGCAUGUGGCGCGCAAGCCAACAGCAUGAUGUCCUCGGACAUUAAUGGAAAUAUCCAAGGAUUGCAAAACCUGGUGGCUUCGCAGAGUGAUUACGAUCCGACCAAGUGUGAUUUUUGGACGUGCAAGGGCAUGAAAUUCGAAGACAACACCGAUUCCGUCCAAACCUACACCGCAGGCCAACAAGUUCCCCUCUACUUCAACAUCCGCGCCCCUCACUCCGGAUACGCCAACGUCUCCAUCAUCGACACCACCUCCAACUCCAUGAUUGCCGCAAACUUAUCCGCUUGGGAUGAAUAUGCUCUGACUUCGAUCCCUGCCAAGACGGAAUGGACUAACUUCACAAUCACCAUCCCCUCAGACAUCGGAACCCAAUGCUCAACGGCAGGAAAAUGUGCAAUUCAAAUGCAUUGGAAUGCCCCUCCUCCCGUCGAUCAGACAUAUCAGAGUUGUAUUGAUUUUACUGUUGGUGCGAGCGGCGGCAGCAAUGCCUCAUCGAAGAAGCGAAAUGUCGCAAAGAGUUUUGCUGCUUAGAAGGAUGGGAUGGUAAAUAAUCUACCUACCUUACCUGAGAAGAUGAGAUGAGAUGAGAUGAGGCGGGUGAGACGGACGAGUGAGGGAGAUAAGCAUGGAUGGAAGAGACAGAGAGAGCAAGAGAAAGAGGAGAAGGAGAAAAUUUCCUUUCAGAAGAUCCAGACACGUUGACUGUUCACUUUUCAGGUACCUUAGUCUUCAUCUUCUUUUCAAGAAUUCGUUUUAGGUAUAUGUACGUCGCUACCUUACCUACCUAAGAUACCUACCUACCUACCCUCAACCGAGUACCUACAUAUGCAUAUACAUAUACAACAGAAAAUCUACAGGUAUAGAUUGGAAGAACAUAUUAUUC